GAGCGGCAAGGCCGCGAGGAGCCGAGCAGGGUGCGGUGAGGCGCGCAGAUCACCGCCGUUCCUGGGCAGGGUACCGGAGGCUGAGCGAGGCUGACCUGCUGCAGCUCCCGCCUCGCGCGCUCGCCUCACCCCGCCGUCGCCCGAGCGCUCGAGAAAGCCCUCUCGGGAGAAGUAGCGCCUGUUCCCUGGGGCAGAUCCAGGUUCAGGUCCUGGCUCUAAGUCACCAUGGCGCAGCAAGCUGCCGAUAAGUAUCUCUAUGUGGAUAAAAACUUCAUCAAUAACCCAUUGGCCCAGGCCGACUGGGCCGCCAAGAAGCUGGUAUGGGUGCCUUCCGACAAGAGUGGCUUUGAGCCCGCCAGCCUCAAGGAAGAGAUCGGCGAGGAGGCCAUCGUGGAGCUGGUGGAGAACGGGAAGAAGGUGAAGGUGAACAAGGAUGAUAUCCAGAAGAUGAACCCACCGAAGUUCUCCAAGGUGGAGGACAUGGCGGAGCUCACGUGUCUCAACGAAGCCUCGGUGCUGCACAACCUCAAGGAGCGUUACUACUCAGGGCUCAUCUACACCUACUCAGGCCUGUUCUGUGUGGUCAUCAACCCUUAUAAGAACCUGCCCAUCUACUCCGAAGAGAUCGUGGAAAUGUACAAGGGCAAGAAGAGGCAUGAGAUGCCCCCCCACAUCUAUGCCAUCACAGACACUGCCUACAGAAGUAUGAUGCAGGACCGAGAGGACCAGUCCAUUUUGUGCACGGGCGAGUCUGGAGCCGGCAAGACAGAGAACACCAAGAAAGUCAUCCAGUACCUGGCUCAUGUGGCGUCAUCCCACAAGAGCAAGAAGGACCAGGGUGAGCUGGAGCGGCAGCUGCUGCAGGCCAACCCCAUCCUGGAGGCCUUCGGGAACGCCAAGACCGUCAAGAACGACAACUCCUCUCGAUUCGGCAAGUUCAUUCGCAUUAACUUUGAUGUCAAUGGCUACAUCGUGGGAGCCAACAUUGAGACUUACCUCCUGGAGAAAUCUCGUGCCAUCCGCCAAGCCAAGGAAGAGCGGACCUUCCACAUCUUCUACUACCUGCUGUCUGGGGCUGGGGAGCACCUCAAGACUGAUCUCCUGCUGGAGCCGUACAACAAAUACCGCUUCCUGUCCAACGGGCAUGUCACCAUCCCCGGGCAGCAGGACAAGGACAUGUUCCAGGAGACCAUGGAGGCCAUGCGGAUUAUGGGCAUCCCAGAGGAGGAGCAGAUGGGCCUGCUGCGGGUCAUCUCGGGGGUCCUCCAGCUUGGCAACAUCGUCUUCAAGAAGGAGCGUAACACCGACCAGGCAUCUAUGCCCGACAACACAGCUGCCCAAAAAGUGUCCCACCUGUUGGGUAUCAACGUGACCGAUUUCACCAGAGGAAUCCUCACCCCUCGCAUCAAGGUGGGACGGGAUUACGUCCAGAAGGCGCAGACGAAGGAGCAGGCUGACUUCGCCAUCGAGGCCUUGGCCAAGGCCACCUAUGAGCGCAUGUUCCGCUGGCUGGUCCUGCGCAUCAACAAGGCUCUGGACAAGACCAAGAGGCAGGGCGCCUCGUUCAUCGGCAUCCUGGACAUCGCCGGCUUCGAGAUCUUUGAUCUGAACUCCUUCGAGCAGCUCUGCAUCAACUACACCAAUGAGAAGCUGCAGCAGCUCUUCAACCACACCAUGUUCAUCCUGGAGCAGGAGGAGUACCAGCGGGAGGGCAUCGAGUGGAACUUCAUCGACUUUGGCCUCGACCUGCAGCCCUGCAUUGACCUCAUUGAGAAGCCAGCAGGCCCCCCUGGCAUCCUGGCCCUGCUGGAUGAGGAGUGCUGGUUCCCCAAAGCCACGGACAAGAGUUUCGUGGAGAAGGUGGUGCAGGAGCAGGGCACCCACCCCAAGUUCCAGAAGCCCAAGCAGCUGAAGGACAAAGCUGAUUUCUGCAUCAUCCACUAUGCUGGCAAGGUGGAUUACAAAGCCGACGAGUGGCUAAUGAAGAACAUGGACCCGCUGAAUGACAACAUCGCCACGCUGCUACACCAGUCCUCCGACAAGUUUGUCUCGGAGCUGUGGAAGGAUGAGAUGCAGAGCACCCAGAGAGCCUAUUUCUAUCAGCGCUUUCCUAUCCUCCACCUAGAACCAGUGGACCGCAUCAUUGGCCUGGACCAGGUGGCCGGCAUGUCCGAGACGGCGCUGCCCGGGGCCUUCAAGACACGCAAGGGCAUGUUCCGCACGGUGGGGCAGCUGUACAAAGAGCAGCUGGCCAAGCUCAUGGCCACGCUGAGGAACACCAACCCCAACUUCGUCCGCUGCAUCAUCCCUAACCACGAGAAGAAGGCUGGCAAGCUGGACCCCCAUCUGGUGCUGGACCAGCUGCGCUGCAACGGGGUUCUCGAGGGCAUCCGGAUCUGCCGCCAGGGCUUCCCCAACCGCGUGGUCUUCCAGGAGUUCCGGCAGAGAUACGAGAUCCUGACUCCAAAUUCCAUUCCCAAGGGCUUCAUGGACGGGAAGCAGGCGUGUGUGCUCAUGAUCAAAGCCCUGGAGCUCGACAGCAACCUGUACCGCAUCGGCCAGAGCAAGGUCUUCUUCCGGGCCGGCGUGCUGGCCCACCUGGAGGAGGAGCGGGACCUGAAGAUCACGGACGUCAUCAUUGGCUUCCAGGCCUGCUGCAGGGGCUACCUGGCCAGAAAGGCCUUCGCCAAGCGGCAGCAGCAGCUGACGGCCAUGAAGGUCCUGCAGAGGAACUGCGCCGCCUACCUCAAGCUGCGCAACUGGCAGUGGUGGCGACUCUUCACCAAGGUCAAGCCGCUGCUGCAGGUGAGCCGGCAGGAGGAGGAGAUGAUGGCCAAGGAAGAGGAGCUGGUGAAGGUGCGGGAGAAGCAGCUGGCGGCUGAGAACAGGCUCUCGGAGAUGGAGACCCUCCAGUCACAGCUUGUGGCCGAGAAGUUGCAGCUGCAGGAGCAGCUGCAGGCGGAAACGGAACUGUGCGCCGAGGCCGAGGAGCUGCGGGCCCGCCUGACUGCCAAGAAGCAGGAGUUGGAAGAGAUCUGCCAUGACCUGGAGGCCAGGGUGGAGGAGGAGGAGGAGCGCUGCCAGCACCUGCAGGCCGAGAAGAAGAAGAUGCAGCAGAAUAUCCAGGAACUGGAGGAGCAGCUGGAGGAGGAGGAGAGUGCCCGGCAGAAGCUGCAGCUGGAGAAGGUGACCACCGAGGCUAAGCUGAAGAAGCUGGAAGAGGACCAGAUCAUCAUGGAGGACCAGAACUGCAAGCUGGCCAAGGAGAAGAAGCUGCUGGAAGACAGAAUAGCCGAGUUCACCACCAACCUCAUGGAAGAGGAGGAGAAAUCCAAGAGCCUGGCCAAGCUCAAGAACAAGCACGAGGCAAUGAUCACUGACCUGGAGGAGCGCCUGCGAAGAGAGGAGAAGCAGCGCCAGGAACUGGAGAAGACCCGCCGGAAGCUGGAGGGGGACUCCACGGACCUCAAUGACCAGAUUGCUGAGCUGCAGGCUCAGAUUGCUGAGCUCAAGAUGCAGCUGGCCAAAAAAGAGGAGGAACUCCAGGCUGCCCUGGCCAGAGUGGAAGAAGAAGCUGCCCAGAAGAACAUGGCCCUAAAGAAGAUCCGGGAGCUGGAAUCUCAGAUUUCUGAACUCCAAGAAGACCUGGAGUCUGAGCGUGCUGCUAGGAAUAAGGCUGAGAAGCAGAAACGGGACCUCGGGGAAGAGCUGGAGGCUCUGAAAACAGAGUUGGAGGACACGCUGGAUUCCACAGCUGCCCAGCAGGAGCUCAGGUCCAAACGUGAGCAGGAAGUGAACAUCCUGAAGAAGACCCUUGAGGAGGAGGCCAAGACCCACGAGGCCCAGAUCCAGGAGAUGAGACAGAAGCACUCGCAGGCCGUGGAGGAGCUGGCGGAGCAGCUGGAGCAGACGAAGCGGGUGAAAGCCAAUCUCGAGAAGACCAAGCAGACCCUGGAGAACGAGCGAGGGGAGCUGGCCAACGAGGUGAAGGUGCUGCUGCAGGGCAAGGGGGACUCCGAGCACAAGCGCAAGAAGGUGGAGGCCCAGCUGCAGGAGCUGCAGGUCAAGUUCACCGAGGGAGAGCGCGUGCGCACGGAGCUGGCCGACAGAGUCUCCAAGCUGCAGGUCGAGCUGGACAAUGUGACGGGUCUUCUCACCCAGUCGGACAGCAAGUCCAGCAAGCUCACCAAGGACUUAUCCACUCUGGAGUCCCAGCUGCAGGACACGCAGGAGCUGCUGCAGGAGGAGAACCGGCAGAAGCUGAGUCUGAGCACCAAGCUGAAGCAGGUGGAGGAUGAGAAGAACUCCUUGAAGGAGCAGCUGGAGGAGGAGGAGGAGGCCAAGCGGAACCUUGAGAAGCAGAUCGCCACACUGCACGCCCAGGUCACCGACAUGAGGAAGAAGAUGGAGGACGGUGUGGGGUGCCUGGAGACGGCCGAGGAGGCCAAGAGGAAGCUCCAGAAGGACCUGGAGGGGCUGAACCAGCGCUACGAGGAGAAGGUGGCCGCCUACGACAAGCUGGAGAAGACCAAGACGCGGCUGCAGCAGGAGCUGGACGACCUGCUCGUGGACCUGGACCACCAGCGGCAGAGCGUCUCCAACCUGGAGAAGAAGCAGAAGAAGUUCGAUCAGCUCCUGGCCGAGGAGAAGACCAUCUCUGCCAAAUAUGCAGAGGAGCGUGACCGGGCGGAGGCGGAGGCCCGGGAGAAGGAGACCAAGGCGCUGUCUCUGGCCCGGGCGCUGGAGGAGGCCAUGGAGCAGAAGGCAGAGCUGGAGCGGCUCAACAAGCAGUUCCGCGCGGAGAUGGAGGACCUCAUGAGCUCCAAGGACGACGUGGGCAAGAGCGUCCACGAGCUGGAGAAGUCCAAGCGGGCCCUGGAGCAGCAGGUGGAGGAGAUGAAGACCCAGCUCGAGGAGCUGGAGGACGAGCUGCAGGCCACCGAGGACGCCAAGCUGCGGCUGGAGGUGAACCUGCAGGCCAUGAAGGCCCAGUUCGAGCGGGACCUGCAGGGCCGCGACGAGCAGAGCGAGGAGAAGAAGAAGCAGCUGGUCAGACAGGUGCGGGAGAUGGAGGCCGAGCUGGAGGAUGAGAGGAAGCAGCGCUCGAUAGCCGUGGCUGCUCGGAAGAAGCUGGAGAUGGACCUGAAGGACCUGGAGGCCCACAUCGACUCGGCCAACAAGAACCGGGACGAAGCCAUCAAGCAGCUGCGGAAGCUGCAGGCCCAGAUGAAGGACUACAUGCGCGAGCUGGAGGACACGCGCGCCUCCCGCGAGGAGAUCCUGGCGCAGGCCAAGGAGAACGAGAAGAAGCUGAAGAGCAUGGAGGCCGAGAUGAUCCAGCUGCAGGAGGAGCUGGCAGCUGCCGAGCGCGCCAAGCGCCAGGCCCAGCAGGAGCGGGACGAGCUGGCCGACGAGAUGGCCAACAGCAGCGGCAAAGGCGCCCUGGCCUUGGAGGAGAAGCGGCGCCUGGAGGCCCGCAUCGCACAGCUGGAAGAGGAGCUGGAGGAGGAGCAGGGCAACACGGAGCUGGCGAACGACAGGCUGAAGAAGGCGAAUCUGCAGAUCGACCAGAUCAACACCGACCUGAACCUAGAGCGCAGCCACGCCCAGAAGAACGAGAACGUGAGGCAGCAGAUGGAGCGCCAGAACAAGGAGCUCAAGGUCAAGCUGCAGGAGAUGGAGGGCACUGUCAAGUCCAAGUACAAGGCCUCCAUCACCGCCCUCGAGGCCAAGAUCGCACAGCUGGAGGAGCAGCUGGACAACGAGACCAAGGAGCGCCAGGCGGCCUGCAAGCAGGUGCGUCGGUCCGAGAAGAAACUGAAGGACGUGCUGCUGCAGGUGGACGACGAGCGGAGGAGCGCCGAGCAGUACAAGGACCAGGCGGACAAGGCGUCCACCCGCCUGAAGCAGCUCAAGCGGCAGCUGGAGGAGGCCGAGGAGGAGGCCCAGCGGGCCAACGCCUCCCGCCGGAAACUGCAGCGCGAGCUGGAGGAUGCCACGGAGACGGCGGAUGCCAUGAACCGCGAGGUCAGCUCCCUCAAGAACAAGCUCAGGCGUGGGGACCUGCCGUUUGUCGUGCCCCGCCGAAUGGCCCGGAAAGGGACCGGCGACUGCUCGGACGAGGAGGUGGAUGGCAAAGCCGACGGGGCCGAGGCCAAAGCUGCCGAAUAACCACCUCUUCUCCUCCUGCUGCCUGAGACGGACGCCGCCGCCGACGCCGCCUCCCCUUCCCAGCCCCCCGCAGCACCCCCUCCUCCCUCCGGGGACCGCUGUGACCGUGACCCCACCCCCUCGUCCCCCCAGGCCAGGGGACCUCAGGCCUCACCUCCCCGCCCGUCCACCCAGGCCUCCUUGAGGGCGUUUGGCUUCCUCUGCUGCAGCCCCUGCUCCCCCCCCACCCCCGCCCCGAAUCUGAUACCAAAGAGGCAGGGUCCUGGGCCCUGGCCCGGGAACAGAGCGACCAGCAGGAUUUCCUGCCCUCCCUUGCCCAAAAGCACAAAAUGGUGAGGUGAGGAGGGCAGGCCUCCGGGGAUGGGCAAGAGCGUUUUCUACGCAUCUAUUUUUCUUCAGACUAAGGAGUUUUGCCAGCCCGACGCCCUAGAACAGUUGUCACCUUCCCCCGCCUCCGCCACCAGCUCUCCCCUCUCCCUUCUUUGCUGUUGGCAAUCACACGCGGUGACCUCACGCCCUCUGCCCCACUGGCCCCCCACUCCCGUGGGCUCUGGGUGGCCUGGCACGAGCAGGCCCGGGGGGUCCACCUCUGUGCAGGGCACAGGACGCUGGGGAGGGAGGGGCACUCCUCCCCACCCCCGCUGGGCAGCGCCACCGUCGCCUUCCUGAUUCUAAAAUGUCUCAAGUGCAAUGAUGACCCCUUUCCCUCCUGGGCCGAGGGGAGCCCACCCCUGCCGCAGCGGGGCUGCUGGGCCAAGCAGACAGGGCCUAGGGGCCAAGCUGGAAAGGCCAGCAGUGGCCUCUCCCAACACUCUUGGGGACCAAAUAUAUUUAACGGUUAAGGGACUUGUCCUGAGUCUGACAGCCAGAGCAGUGGAAAGGGCCAGGGGAUCUCGAACCUACUCCAGGACGGGGGCCCGAGGGUAGUUGACCUGCACCGUUGACUCAGUAUAAUUCAAGACUCUGCCGUCUGCACAGGUAUUUUUAAAAGAAAAAAAAAAUUGUCUCUUCUCCCUCUAGCUGUAAUAAAUGGUAAAAUUCCAAGUCUUUAUCACUGCCUUUCCUUUGGAACCACGUCUAAAAGAGAGUAGCUUGUCCUAUCCUGGUCUACACUGGUGGCUGAAUUUCCCUGUAUUCCUAACUGUUUUGUAUAUGCUGCAUUUAGACUUACUUAUGGCAAAGAAAGCAUUUUUUUUUUUUAAGGAAACAAACUCUCAAGAAAUCAUGAAGGUAUAUAAAAGCUACAUAUGCCUAAAAAGCUCUGAAUUCAGGUCCCAGUUGCUGUCACAAAGGAGUGAACAGAACUCCCACCCCCACCCUUUUUUUAUAUAAUGAAAGUGCCUUAGCAUGGUUGCAGCUGUCACCACUACAGUGAGCUGGUUUACAGAUGUUUCCCACUGAGCGUCACAAUAAAGAGAACCUUGUGCUAUGA